AACUUCCCAUCGACUCCAAUGUGUUUACAUUGCCGCCAUCAGUAGGUCGUAAGAGGGCGAACAGUAAACAUUUUUUGUUUUAGCCGCUCUAAAAGCAUUCAUAAUAAUAGCCUUUCAUGCAUAAUAAAUGCCCUUAAUAGACUCUUCUAGGAACACGUCAUAACAAGACAUGCGCCAUUUAUGGUAAAAAUUAUGUUAGGCGGACAGUGCUUGGGAAUCCUUCGAGCAUUAACCAGAUUUUAAAAAUGUGUAUCCGCUCCAAGAAAAAAUAGGCAAAUGGGCCUUAUCGAAAUAGCCUUAGCUGCUUUGUGUCUAAACGCAACAUGCACCGACGACGCCGACUACUACGACGUUCCCUUAAACCUACGCAAGACCUACCUUCUGCAGUUAGCCACAGAACUAAGAGAGGAAAAUUUAAGAAUUACUACGAUUAAAAAUGACAGAUUGAGCGGCUUCAUUGACUAUAGAAAUGGGACUAUAGUAGGAACCGGGGUCGCUUUCGAUCUUCUCAAUAUUCUUCAAAGAAAAUUUCAUUUUAAUUACACAAUAGUAAAACCGCAGUAUAACGAAUGGGCGUCAAACAAGAAGGGCAUUUUGCAGAUGUUAAAACAAAAGAAAGUCAACAUAUCUGCCGGUUUUCACCCAGUUCUGACCGAGUACUCUACAGAAAUUUCUUAUUCUCCCAGUCUGGAUACGGGAGAGUGGGUAGUGUUGAUGAAGCGGCCCGAAGCCUCGGCGACGGGUUCCGGCUUAUUGGCACCCUUCACUCUACCAGUUUGGCUUUUAAUUUUACUUUCUUUAGUAGUGGUGGGUCCUGUCAUCCACCUAAUAAUCUAUCUCCAAUCCAAACUAUGCAAAGAAGACGAAAACAAAGUAUUCGCUUUGGGUUCGUGCAUCUGGUUCGUUUAUGGCGCUUUGUUAAAACAAGGGACGACGCUGAACCCCAUGACAGAUUCGUCAAGGCUACUGUUUUCAACAUGGUGGAUCUUCAUCACCAUCUUGACAGCUUUCUACACUGCGAACUUGACAGCGUUUUUGACUUUGUCGAAAUUUACUUUGCCUAUUACGGAACCUAAAGACAUCGGUGCGAAAAAGUCGAAAUGGUUAACAACAAAAGGAAACGCAUUGGAGGACACGAUUACGUACAAUAACACUGAUAUUUUGACCGACCUUGGACGACUGCUGGGAAAAGCGCAGCAUUUUACGUCGGCCUCAAACAAAGAUAUUUUAAAUAUUUACGUCGACAAAAAAGAUAUGAUGUUUAUAAGAGAGAAACCUAUAGUGGAAUACAUCAUGUACGACGACUACAAAGAAAAAACAAAGAAGGAAAUUGAGGAACCAAAGAGAUGUACUUAUGUCAUCACGAGUUGGUCGGUGGCGUCUUUUUCAAGAGCCUUUGCCUAUUCCAAGGACUUCAAAUAUAAACCCUUGUUUGACUCAGCUAUUCAGUACUUGGUAGAAUCCGGAAUAAUCAAAUUCAAGCUCCGCGAAGAACUCCCAGACACCGAAAUCUGCCCUCUGAACUUAGGCAACAAAGAACGUCAACUGCGCAACUCGGACCUCCUCAUGACCUACGAAAUCGUGGGAGGAGGUUUCGUCAUUUCCGCCCUCAUCUUCAUUAUAGAGUUGCUGAUUCGUUACUACCAAAACAAGAAACUGAAAACCAGCAAAGCCACUCCUCCUGCUUUCUUGCAGCACCCCCAGAAACAUACUUUGCAGGUUAAUUUCAACAACAAUUAUGAGAAGUUGGGGCAUUUUGCGCAACCUCCUUCGAAGUUUAUAACGCCGCCUCCAUCAUACUACACACUCUUUAAUCCGUCCAGUAAGAAUGAGAAUAUCAAGAAGAAGAGUAUCAAUGGGAGGGAAUAUUGGGUCUAUGACUCGGUGGGUGGAAGGCCGAAGAUGAUACCAAUGCGCACACCUUCUGCUUUACUUUUUCAGUACACGAAUUGAUUUGUGAUUGAAGUGUUUUCCAAAGUAGUAGAUGUUUUAGGAAGUUGAAGUUUGAUUGUGUCUUUGAAUUUAA